AUGAAGCAAGAGAAUGUAUGCGGAAAUUCUAGACCAGAAACUGAAUCAAUAAGUUCACCAUCAUCUUCAUCACCAAAUUCUCAAAAUGAUAGUACUGCUGGUCAUGUUACUAAUGCAAAUGGUUUAUCUGAAAAUAUAUUUCGUACUCCACCGUCAAGACCACAACCACUUCCAGCAUUUACCUUAGCAUCUGCAACAUUAAAUCAAUCUUCAACUAAUCAUCAUCUAUCUCAACAUAUACCAUUAUCUACACAAACAAAUCCACAAUCAUAUUGGCAUCAAUCUUUGUUAACAGCACCACCAGUUACAGCUUAUUAUCGUGAUGUUCCAGAGCAUAGAAUAAUUCGUAUACCAAAUAAUACAGUUAAUCAGUGGCGUGACAAAAUUUUAAAAACAGAAAAAGAUUUCAUCAAUCCAGAUUUGAAAAAAUCCGCCUGUGACAGAGAGAGAACAAGAAUGCGUGAUAUGAAUAAAGCAUUUGAUGCACUCCGUGCUAGACUACCAAUGAAAAAACCAUCUGGAAAGAAAUAUUCAAAAAUUGAAUGUUUAAGAAUUGCUAUACAUUAUAUUCAACAUCUUCAAAGAACAUUAGAUUGCCCAAUAAAUGAACCAGAAUGUUGUCAGAAUGGUACAUGUACAAAUUCUACAACUGCAUCCUUAAAUGAUACAACAAUAUGUGAAAAUGAAACUUGUGAAGAAAUGCAUUGUCAAUCAGCAGAAUCUUCUUAUAUUACAACACCAUGUACUUACUAUAACAAACAAAGUCCUUCGUAUUCAGUUUUAGAACCUGUAAUAGUUCAUCCUGCACCAUUAACACCUACUACUGUACCAACAUCUUCUCCAACAAAUUUAACAACAUUAACAUCAGUUACUUCAAGUUGUAUAAGUGGUGGAGCUGUUAGUAGCAUUGGCGAUCCUUCUACGAGUGGUAUAUGGUCAACAUAUCAUAAUAGUUUUAAUAAUUAUUAUUAUUAUCCAUAAAUUACAAAUGUAUAUAUAUAUAUAUGUUAUUCAUAUGAGUUGACAUAUAUAUUGUAUUAAUGUUAAAUUUCAUUAAAUCUAAUAGUGAAAAUAAAACACAUUUUAAUAGAUAAGUAGCCUUGCAUUAAACAAAAAAAAAAGGAAUGUCAUUUGCAAAAUGUGUUGGAAUUGGUACAUUUUGUAAAUAACUCUAAAAUGUAAAUAUAUGCAAGGAAUAUUCGGCUUCCAACCAAAGAU